GCAGCAUAACAACGACGGCAGUAACUGUUACGACUUGACACUGUAGUGUUAGCUCACAGGCAAGAAUCAGCGGCAUUAUCCUGCAAAGAAACUUCAUUUUACAAUGUCAGCCCCCGGUCCAGAAGGUUCUGGCAUGGCGUCAGGAAACAGGCGCUUGCAGCAGACCCAAGCCCAAGUAGAUGAGGUGGUGGAUAUUAUGCGUGUAAAUGUGGACAAAGUGCUGGAACGUGACCAGAAACUGUCUGAACUGGAUGAUAGAGCAGACGCACUGCAGGCUGGAGCGUCCCAGUUUGAGACCAGUGCUGCUAAGCUGAAAAGGAAGUACUGGUGGAAGAACUGCAAGAUGUGGGCCAUCCUGAUAGCUGUAAUAGUCAUCAUCAUCAUCAUCAUUGUUAUUUGGAAUUAUUCGUAAAAAGACCAGAGGAGGAGAAGUGGAGGAAAGAAUGAAGAAGAGGAGAGGAGUAAAGUGCAACAAUUAAAGUCUCAGAAGAAGACAUCUAAUGAAAACUGGCUACUGAGCUCCACAACAUUUGUCCCCUCCCACAGGAGGUGUUCAUUCCUUGUCCUGGUUUGCCCUGUCUGUGUGUGUGUGAAUGGAUGUGUGUUUGACUGAGUCUGAGUAAAGAAUUUUGAUAAUACCAGAAUUUUAUCCUGUAUCACCACAAAAACUAGGCAUCAUUAUUCUUGUACUUGAGUGCCUUGCCACUUGCCAAAGACCAGAAGAACAUGCGUUGAACUCCCCACUUAAACUUAUAGAAAAUCAUAAUUGAUUGUUUUUGACCGCAUGAAAAUGAACAUGUAUACACACUCCAACUUCAGGACUGGAAGUGAAGAAAAUGUUUGCUAACUCCUCAAUUUAUAUUUACUUUAUUGUGUUUGAUUAAUAGCCAUUGAUUUAGUGUGCCAAGCUAAGAGAAGUGCCUUUGAAUAUAUGCUGUUAGUGAAUAACAAAAACCCUGCAUAUCAUUGAAGAGUCCCCUUUUACAUAUAUGUUUGUACUUUUCAGAGUCUAACACCAAUAUUUAGAUAUUUCCCCCCUUAGUUUUUAGAAAACUUGAAUAGUUAUUUUUUGUCGAUGAAGUGAUUGAAUUUGAUGCCUUACUCUAUUUAUGUAUUUGGCUGAGUUCUCAUUGAGUAAUCUGUGUAAGGCAUUUUAUUUUGGGUUAAAAAAAAAUUGCUCACCUUACAACAAAACCUAACAACCUACACACUUAAACCCCGCUGAUCCUUUAAGUUCAAGUUAUACUGAGAUAAGUGCCUAUGUCCUUGAACCAUCAGCCUAGCUCUGAGGCUAGGAAAACCGCAAAAAAUGUAAGAGAAAAGAAAUGAGUGCAACACUGGUGUUAAAGUGGUAAAUUGUCUAUCAUGUCUCAAGGAUGUGCAAGAAAAUGUACCUUUGUGAAUAAUUGAAGCAUUUAAAACAUGUAGUUGUAGACAUAUUUUAUAGACAUAUGCCUUAUGGGUUUCUCCAAUGGAGAACAGCUAAAACAACAGUGCCUCACAAACCUGCCAUAAGCAGUGGUGCCUUGUAAACAUUAGCACUGUCAAAACAAAUAUUGUGCUGCUUGAUAAUUCAUUUCAGCUUAUUAACCUUUAAUAAAACCUUCUGUUCAGUCACACUGGCUUUUUUUUUUCCAAACGAUAAAUGCAAAGUACUUCUCUUGGGUUUUUAGUUGUAUUAUUAUUUUAGAAAUAGCUUUUUUUUUCAUUUUAUUCUGAGCUAACAUUAACAGGAGUGUAUAGUAUUGCUUGUGUAGGUGCAUCAUGUAUUCAGGUGUAGAGAAAAACAGUUGGGUAAUGACAGUGUGACAAACAUCAGAGGACUUUUUUCUCUUCUGUUGCUUUCAUGCUUUUAAAAUAAAAUGUAUGACAAUUUGGAUUUCUUUUCAAAUUAACUUUGUCUUUAAUUCCAUUUUGCAAAUGACGCUGAAUUCUUGGCAUUAAAGACAUUAGCAGUUCUUGCAAUUAGUCCCAUUGUACUCCAGUAAUUGUUUUGGACACUAUCUAAAGUGAAGAGUCUUUUUUAGAAAAAAGCCAAACUUAAGCCAUUAAGGAAAUUGUGUAAUAUUUUUAUAGGCAUCUGAAAAUACCUCAUAAGGCCAGGCUUUAAUCACAUGGAUUUGUCAUCAUCUUCCCUCUCUACACCAGAAAUUUGACACCCAGUUGCUUCCAUGCCUUGCUGAUGUAAACCCUCUGGGAAUACAUCUGGAAAUAAGUGCAAUUCUUCUCUUUGUCCCUGAAUGCCUUAUGCCUAAAUAAAACGAAUGAAACGUAAAUCAGAGUCUUGUGUAAAUGUUUUCUUAAAUGUAUGUCAAAGGUUGCUUUUCCCUUAAAUACAUGGUGGACUUCAUUCACAGCUAGACUUGACUUUGCAGUGUUUUUGAAUGAAUAUAGGUACCGAGUCUUAACUCCCUUUUUUGAUUCAAAGAUUUGAUUAACCCUCACUGCUCAGCAGCCCACUGUCUGUCACAUGACUGUCACUGACACCAAAAAGUUGUUUGAAAAACUCUUUGCUGCCAAAUAUGCUGAGAAAUCAAGAGAGGUGUCUUUGAUUACCCUUGCAUGAGUAGUUUUAAUGCUUGUAAAGAUUGGACCCACAUUCACCAGACCUAGUCUGAAGGGUUUUUUCCACAACUGGAGGACUUAUGGUGUGUAUUCCAAUAUCAAAUGGUGUGUUUUAUCAUUUUCAUUUUUGUAAUAUGGUUGAUCUUCACUCAGACAUAAUUUCUGUGAUGGAUGUAUUCAUAGCUGGAUUGUCUACAUGGUGGAAAUUUAAAAAAUAAAAUAAAUGAACUGUCAGACCC